GUCAUCAGAAACUCUGUGACGUUUCUUUCAUCGCUUCCUCCGAAGAAAGCACAACAAAAAUAAAUAAAAAAAGAGCUGUGAGAUUGAAAUUUGAGAUCAUCGAAAGCAAAGCAAAGCAAAGCCAUGGACGCUAUUGAUUCCGUCGUCGAUCCUCUCAGAGACUUCGCUAAGGAUAGCAUUCGUCUCGUCAAGCGUUGUCACAAACCAGAUCGCAAAGAAUUCACGAAAGUUGCUGUUCGUACAGCGAUUGGGUUCGUUGUGAUGGGAUUCGUGGGCUUCUUUGUGAAGCUCAUCUUUAUUCCAAUCAACAACAUAAUCGUCGGUGCCACUUAGGGAGGAAAGGACAGAAUGGGAGAAAGGCAAAAAAACUAGUUUUGAGAAAUGACGACUAGAGCAUUGCUGUUUUCAACAAUUCGCACGUUAUGUUUAUGUGUAAUCGGAUUUCAUUUGUUUCUAUCGUUUUUUUUCCUUUAAUUUUGUUCACGACUGAAAAAAAUUGGACUCAUCUUGAAUGCAGAUCAAACUAAUCUAGAAA